AUGCUAGAUCUCCACCACGAAGAAAAUAGUAAGCGUGAAAUUGUAACACAGCCACCUGUCAGCCGACCGUAUGUUGAUAAAGUGGUGAAGCGGUACAACGAAGCCAAUGUUUCUAUCCUAGCGCCAAAAACAACGCCCGGCCCGCGCAAAAUCGACACAGCCGCAUCAGAGUUCAUAGAAGUCGAACGCCUCAUGAAACCAAGUAUUGAUGGUAAAGAAAUACAGCAGAGGCUUUUAUUAGAUGGAGUACUUCAGCAAAAUGAUAUUCCGCCCAUUUCUCAAAUAAACAAAGUGUUCCGAGCGGAAUGA